CGCGCGCACCGUUUGGUCAGUCAGUUCAACACGUCAGUCGUAUACACGUGCGAAACCAUCGGACGUUUCCGUGGUAAAUCGACAAUCGAGUUCUCUUCCGGUACGCGUUUUUUUUUUUUCGAAAACUGAUCGAAAUCGUCGCACUAGAAGCACAAGAAAACCGUCGGACAAAACGUGCCGUGUAAAAUACGAUUAAAGGUUAUACGGACCACGCAUUCUCUUAAAAAUCGAAAUUCAUAUAUAAAUCGCGACAACAUCACAUACACACUACAUUAAGAUACUAACGACACGUUUUUGAAAUAUGUUGUUUUCGUACUCAACGAAAAAGAAUAUAUGACGUAUAAUAUAAUCUAUGGAUGUACAUAAACGGAAUUAUACAAAAAAAAAAACCCAGUCAUCUCAAUCAAUCAAUGCAAACUUUCGCCCGGAGCAGUGUAAUAUUUCACUUUUGAAAACGGAAACAAAAUAAUAAAAUACAAUUUAUUCCAAGACGACGGACAUGACUUGCGGAAUAGAAUGCAUCGAUAAAUGGCUGACAAAAGCCUUUUAUAGACUUGGCCAUGUAGUAGCCAAACAUCCUGGGUAUUUUCUCAUAGUACCCGUAUUUUUGACGAUUAUCUGUAUCACCGGAUUCCAAAGAGUGCAAUUCGAAAUCGAUCCUGAAUAUCUAUUUAGUCCUGAACAUGGACCUGGAAAGACUGAGCGAGCAAUUGUCGAAAGCCAUUUUAAGAUGAACUAUUCAUCACUUUUCAACCCUACCCGGAUCACUAGACCAGGUCGAUUCGGUCGAGUUAUCGUUAUACCUAAACAUAGUCGAACAAUGUUAUCCGUGGAAAUAUGGAAAGAAUUGCGAGUACUAGACGAUAUCAUCAGGAACGCAACCAUCACUUGGGGUCCAGAGAACACUAUAUACAAGUACGACGAUAUAUGCGCUCGGUGGAUAGAUCAGUGUUUCCCAAAUGACAUAUUAAAUCUUGAUUACGUAAUGGAAGAUGUGGCUAAUGGCACCUUAAAGCUCACGUUCCCCAUCAUGUUCAACCCAGUAACAUGGGACGCGCAUACGUUUCCAGUGUACUUCGGGGGAACCGAAAUAGACGAGGAUGGAUUAAUUACAAGAGUACCCGCAUUACAACUCGUUUACUUUGUCACAGCCGACACAAAAGCUCAAGAUCAAAGGGGCUCGGUUUGGGAAGAGGCGUUUUUGAACGCAGUUGGCAAGGCUGAGGACUCGGGAAGGUUCCAGCACAUAUCCACAGCUCGUUUCGGAUCCAGGACGCUGGACAUCGAGCUGGAGAACAACACCAGAACCGUAGUGCCGUAUUUCUCGUCUGCAUUUAUCUUGAUGGCCGUUUUCUCCAUAGUCACGUGUAUGAUGACCGACUGGGUGCGCAGCAAACCUAUGCUCGGACUCAUGGGCAAUGUGUCCGCCGCAAUGGCCACGGUCGCUGCUUUCGGUUUCGCCAUUUACAUGGGUAUACCAUUCAUCGGCAUCAAUUUUGUGUCACCGUUCCUCAUGUGCAGCAUAGGCAUCGACGAUACGUUUGUCAUGUUAGCUGCGUGGAGAAGAACGCCUGUUACCAUGGACGUCCCGGAACGAUUGGCCAGAACGCUAUCCGACGCUGCCGUAUCAAUUACGAUUACUUCGGUCACGGAUAUAGUGAGCUUCUGUAUCGGGAAAUUCAGUCCGUUUCCGGCCAUACAAAUAUUCUGCUUGUAUUCGGGAUUCGCCGUAUGUUUCAUAUUUGUGUGGCACCUAACGUUCUUUUCCGCAUGCAUGGCUCUCGCUGGAUACGCAGAACACAACAACCGUCAUUCGAUCACAUGCGUUAAAGUUAAACCCGUGUCGAUGUCAGAUAAAGAGUCAUGGUUGUACCGAGUGUUCUGUUCGGGAGGAGUGAACCCCAAGGAUCCCGGAAACCCUCGCGACAACCCGGACAAUGCGAUCAUGGUUUGGUGCAGGAACAGCUUGGGUUGGGCUCUGAACCAGUGGUACAUAAAGAUCAUGGUGCUAUUAGUAUUUGCCGGAUAUCUGGCUGGCGCGAUGUACGGUACGACGACCAUCCAAGAAGGAUUGCAGAGAAGAAAACUGUCCAAACCCGACUCGUAUUCCAUUGAAUUCUACGACCGAGACGAUUUUUACUUCAGAGAAUUCCCUUACAGAAUACAGGUAAUAAUUAGCGGGGAGUUAGAUUAUUGGAAUGUGAAUGUUCAGGAUCAAAUAGAAAAUCUGACUAAAACGUUUGAAAGCUCGCCGUUCAUAUCCACUCCGUUGUACACGGAGUCUUGGGUAAGGUCAUUUGUGAACUACGUGAAUCGCAACCAAGAAGAACUCAACGUGACCAUAGAUACCAGAGAAUCUUUUCUACAAACACUGAACGACUUGUGGUUGUUCAAACCGAAUCCGUUCUCGUUGGACGUCAAGUUUAACGACGAUGGGACCAAAAUCAUAGCUUCCCGUUUCAUGAUACAGGCAGUGAACAUCAGCGACGGAAAUAUGGAAAAAGACAUGGUCAGAGAACUACGAAAAAUUGCUCACGACUCACCAUUGAACGUUAGCGUUUUCCACCCCUAUUUCGUAUUUUUCGAUCAGUUUGAACUCGUUCGACCCACGUCCAUCCAAUCGAUGCUGGUAGGCGGCGCGACGAUGAUGCUGAUCUCGUUCCUGUUCAUACCGAACGUGCUGUGCUCGCUGUGGGUCGCGUUCUCCAUAGUGUCCAUCGAACUGGGUGUAGUCGGCUACAUGGCUCUGUGGAGCGUGAACUUGGACUCGAUAUCCAUGGUGAAUCUGAUCAUGUGCAUCGGGUUCUCCGUGGACUUCACCGCGCACAUAUGCUACGCGUACAUGUCGUCGAAGGCGGACAGCCCGGAGGGACGAGUGCGCGAGAGCCUGUACGCGCUCGGGCUGCCCAUCAUCCAGGGCGCGAUCAGCACAGUGCUAGGAGUCUCCGCGCUCAUCCUGGCCGGCAGCUACAUAUUCAUGGUGUUCUUCAAAAUGAUAUUCUUGGUGAUCGUGUUCGGCGCGCUGCACGGCAUGUUCUUGCUGCCAGUGCUGCUGUCGCUGUUCGGGCCGGGCGCGUGCUCAUCGAAGCGGCGCCGUCCAUCCGCCGACAAGUCGUUACCUCACCCGUACAGUAUACCGCACCCAUCGCUGCUGCUGCAUCACCACCAACAACAGCGCGGUGCCGUAGCACAACCGGACUAUGGUAAACCGUACCACGGCGUGCCCAAGAAGUUCACCAACAAAGCCAGCUCCAAGUCGGACAAGGACAUGGGUCUGGGCACGUCCGAGGAGUCCAGCGAGAGCAGCUCAUCUAAGUCGCAACAGCGCAGGAGGAAAGAGGCAGCCGAGGACGAGGCGCAACGGAGGAAGUACAUGAAUGGCUGGAGGAAGGCCACGGGCCAUUCGAUGCCGCAGUCGCCGCACGGCAGUGGUUACCCUAACAACGGUUAUUUCAGCGACGAAGAUAGGACUGCCACAGCGGUGCGUCGCGUACAAGUGCCCGACAAGUACGGUCGGCCGACCAGGCCACACUAUCAGCAAGGGCUGCACCAACAGUGGCCGUACAGAAACGAUGGACGGUACCAUUGAGAACCUGUAAACGUAUACCCGUAUGGCAUAUGUGGUUUUACAAACGUGUUUAGCACUUCCUAAGAAGACAACACGUUGAUACGAAAGUACGAACACGAAUUUCAUAACAUUUGUGUAAAUAUUACGUUGCCAGUAUUUUCAUUUGUCCACGAGAGAGAAAUGAUAUUAUUAUAUUCUACAGGUUAGCCUAAGAGUAUAUCUACCUAAAAGUGAUGACGUCUUUAAAAACUAGCAUAACUCUAUAACUGUUGUUAUUAUUUAAUUGCUCAAAUGUAAAAUGUUUAAAAUCAUUGAAAAUUAUCGAGUUGAUACUGAAUGGUAGAAUUAGUAUUGCUAUGAAUAUAAUUAAUUGUUAAAACUAAUUUUAAGCAUAUGUAUAUCGACGUUACCUACAUUUAAUUUAAGUUGAUAAUAUUUUUAUUGUUACACUAAUUUUAUAAACAUAGGUUUGUAUAAUUUAACGCUUGUAAAAACAAGCAAAAUAAACCCAUGUUAGCUGAA